CAUAACCUUGAUAAAAUCAACGACGAGGUUAUGUUGAAUACUUUGACGUUUCUAUCGACGCAAUUUAAACAUGGGUUUGUUUGGAAAAUCGCAAGAAAAGAACCCAAAAGAAAUGGUUCAGGAAUGGAUUCACAAAUUGAGGAAAGAAAGUUGCCAGCUUGACAGGCAACUUAGAGCAAUUCACAGAGAAGAGGAAAAAAUAAAACGUUCUCUAAAAGAAGCAGCAAAGAAAGGAGAUAAAGAUGUAUGCAAAAUCCUUGCGAAGGAAAUUAUAAGAGCUCGUAAAGCCUGCAACAAGAUUUAUUCUUCCAAAGCACAGCUAUAUUCUGUGUCAUUACAAAUGAAAGAUCAAGUAGCAGUACUCAGAGUUGCUGGUUCGCUUCAGAAAUCUACGGAAGUAAUGCAAGCAAUGCAGUCUUUGAUAAAAGUGCCAGAAGUGGCUGCAACUAUGAGAGAAAUGUCAAAAGAAAUGAUGAAGGCAGGAAUUAUCGAAGAGAUGUUGGAUGAAACAAUGGAUUCUAUUGAAGAUUCUGAGGAUAUGGAAGAUGAAGCUGACGAAGAAGUUGAUAAGAUUUUAUGGGAAGUGACAGCUGGCCAACUAGGCACAGCUCCUGCAGUUGUCACAGAAACUCCUGGAUCAGUUGUACCUUCUACCUCGACAGAAGAAGAACCAGAAGAGGAUGACAAAGAACUCGAAGAGAUGAAAAACAGAUUGCAAAGUCUUCGCAGUUAGAUGAAUGGAUAAUCCAAGAAUAUUUGCAUCAAAUGUCAGGGAAAUAAGUAUUUUCUCCUAAUAAUAAUACUUAUUAAAUAAAUAAUAAUACAAAUUAUAAAUAAUAGCGUUCGCCUAUUCAUCACAAUAUAUUAUUUUGCUUUUUAUUGUAAAUAUUAUAUAUACUAUUGCUUUGUAGAGUACUUAAGCAGUAUAUUUCUACAUGCAUUGUUGAAUAAUAAUUUUCCUCAUA